AUUCGCAUCUUCUGAAAGUUCAGUUCUUCCAUUCACUUCGAUCGAACCACCAGAAGAUGGCCAAACAGGGAUAUCACAUCUUGUUUCAGUGGACUCGACAGAAAGAGGAAUUCUUACAUCCGAUUUAAUUGAUACACUCAGUACUCCUGAAGAAAAACGUACGGAACCGGAUGCUUCGGUAGACUCUCCCCCAUCUCCUACAAUUUCAGUGCUUCCAUUCACCACGAUCGAACCACCAGGAGGUGGCCAAGCAGAAGUAUCACCCCAAAUCUCAGUGGACUCUACAGAAAGAGGUGUUCCUACUUCCGAUUUCAUUAAUUUACCCACUACUUCUGAAGAAAAACAUUCGGAGCCGGAUCCUUCAUUAGAUUCAUUCGCAUCUCCUGAAAGUUCUGUUUUUCCAUUCACUUCGAUCGAACCACCAGAAGUUGGCCAAACAGGGAUAUCACAUCUCGUAUCAGUGGACUCGACAGAAGUAGGAAUUCAUACGUCUGAUUUAAUUAGUUUACUCAGUACUUCUGAAGAAAAAAGUACGGAUCCGGAUCAUUCAGUAUAUUCAUUCGCAUCUCCUGAAAGUUCAGUUCUUCCAUUCACUUCGAUGGAACCACCAGAAGUUGGUCAAACAGGGAUAUCACAUCUCGUAUCAGUGGACUCGACAGAAGUAGGAAUUCGUACGUCUGAUUUAAUUAGUUUACUCAGUACUUCUGAAGAGAAAAGUACGGAACCCGAUCCUUCAGUAGAUUCAUUCGCAUCUCCUGAAAGUUCAGUUCUUCCAUUCACUUCGAUCGAACCACCAGAAGUUGGCCAAACAGGGAUAUCACAUCUUGUUUCAGUGGACUCGACAGAAGUAGGAAUUCAUACGUCUGAUUUAAUUAGUUUACUCAGUACUUCUGAAGAGAAAAGUACGGAUCCGGAUCAUUCAGUAGAUUCAUUCGCAUCUCCUGAAAGUUCAGUUCUUCUAUUCACUUCGAUCGAACCACCAGAAGAUGGGCAAACAGGGAUAUCACAUCUCGUAUCAAUGGACUCGACAGAAGUAGGAAUUCGUACGUCUGAUUUAAUUAGUUUACUCAGUACUUCUGAAGAGAAAAGUACGGAACCCGAUCCUUCAGUAGAUUCAUUCGCAUCUCCUGAAAGUUCAGUUCUUCCAUUCACUUCGAUCGAACCACCAGAAGAUGGGCAAACAGGGAUAUCACAUCUCGUAUCAGUGGACUCGACAGAAAUAGGAACUCGUACGUCUGAUUUAAUUAGUUUACUCAGUACUUCUGAAGAGAAAAGGACGGAUCCGGAUCAUUCAGUAGAUUCAUUCGCAUCUCCUGAAAGUUCAGUUCUUCCAUUCACUUCGAUUGAACCACCAGAAGAGGGCCAAACAGGGAUAUCACAUCUUGUUUCAGUGGACUCGACAGAAGUAGGAAUUCAUACGUCUGAUUUGAUUAGUUUACUCAGUACUUCUGAAGAGAAAAGUACGGAACCCGAUCCAUCAGCAUAUACAUUCGCAUCUCCUGAAAGUUCAGUUCUUCCAUUCACUUCGAUCGAACCACCAGAAGAGGGCCAAACAGGGGUAUCACAGCUUGUUUCAGUGGACUCGACAGAAGUAGGAAUUCAUACGUCUGAUUUAAUUAGUUUACUCAGUACUUCUGAAGAGAAAAGUACGGAUCCGGAUCAUUCAGUAGAUUCAUUCGCAUCUCCUGAAAGUUCAGUUCUUCCAUUCACUUCGAUUGAACCACCAGAAGAGGGCCAAACAGGGAUAUCACAUCUUGUUUCAGUGGACUCGACAGAAGUAGGAAUUCAUACGUCUGAUUUGAUUAGUUUACUCAGUACUUCUGAAGAGAAAAGUACGGAACCCGAUCCAUCAGCAUAUACAUUCGCAUCUCCUGAAAGUUCAGUUCUUCCAUUCACUUCGAUCGAACCACCAGAAGAGGGCCAAACAGGGGUAUCACAGCUUGUUUCAGUGGACUCGACAGAAGUAGGAAUUCAUACGUCUGAUUUAAUUAGUUUACUCAGUACUUCUGAAGAAAAAAGUACGGAUCCGGAUCAUUCAUUAGAUUCAUUCGCAUCUCCUGAAAGUUCUGUUCUUCCAUUCACUUCGAUCGAACCAACAGAAGAUGGCCAAAUUGGUACCUCCGAUUUAAGCGAUAUACUCAGUACUGCGAAAGAGAGAACUUUGGAACCGGAUCCUUCUGGCCAACCUGGGGGAUCACUACCAGUGAGUGGCCAGACCUGGGGGCCCGAUAUGAUAUCCGAAGACGUAUCGCCAGAAUUGGCAAGUACUUCGAAAGAAGGAAGUUUGGAACCGGAUCCUUCUGGCCAACCUGGGGGAUCACUACCAGUGAGUGGUCAGACCGGGCGGCCCGAUAUGAAAACUGAUGAAGUAUCGCCGGAAUUGGCAAGUACCAUCCCAACCCAGAAAACUUAUGGAACAAAAAGCAGAUAUAAAGUUAGACCACCACUAAGGAUAUGUUAUGAUGUGAAAUAUAAACAUAAACCGCAAUGUCAAAAAAAAAACAGAAGGUUCAUGGUUCACAAACGUUGCAGUAUCUUGUAA